CUGAACGGUCGCAAAUAUCACAACAACACACUUCCACUGUGUUCCAUUACACAUCAUUUUUCCGUUAAUUUCGUUUAUAAUUUUUUCCAUCAAGUGAAUUGGUUUGGUUGAAAUUUUUACAAUUUUUUCCGUUGCUUCGACUUCGAUUGGAUUCCUUUUUUCGGUUAAAAAAAACUAUCUUUUUCGUUGUAAUUUCGAAAAAACUAAAAAAAUUAAAACUUCGAAUUUUUGUCAUUAUUGGUGGACAGUUUUACCUUUGUUAAACUAAUUUCCAAUUGAAUGUUGCAAUUUCGUGUAUAAAAAGUGGCAUUUCUGCAGAUUGUUAUUGGUUGUUUUGAAACCAUUCGUUUGUGGGACACAAAUCUUAAAAUAACACACCAUCGAUUUACAAAUCUUUAUGUAUUUUUCCAAAUUGAAUUUAUUAACAUUUUGAACGAUUAAAAUUUGCGAGAGAAAAAAUGGCAUUUACGCAGUCAUUUGGAACACUAGCUGCUGCAGUCACGCUAUGUUUAUUUGUGGUUAAUCUGAAUAUUGAAACUUGUAGUUCACAGCAAUUAAAUCAACUUAAUGAUUAUUCUGGUUCAAGACCGUACACACCUGAUCCCGGUUUACUGGAUUUUGUCUAUCACAACCAUGAAGACAUGACACGCUUUUUGAGAGCGACCAGCGCUCGUUAUCCCAAUCUAACUGCAUUGUAUUCAAUCGGUAAAUCGGUGCAAGGACGUGAUUUAUGGGUAAUGGUAGUUUCGGCCAGUCCAUACGAGCACAUGAUCGGCAAACCUGAUGUGAAAUACAUCGGAAAUAUUCAUGGCAAUGAACCGGUGGGCAAGGAAAUGCUGUUGCAUUUAAUUCAAUAUUUGGUAUCGAGUUACUCAACGGAUCCAUAUAUUCGCUGGUUACUUGACAACACCCGCGUUCACUUUUUACCGUCAAUGAAUCCAGAUGGUUAUGCCGUUUCGAAAGAAGGCACCUGCGAUGGAGCUCAAGGAAGAUACAAUUCCCGUGGUUUCGAUUUGAAUCGCAAUUUCCCCGACUACUUCAAGCCAAACACGAAGCGCGAGCAACCCGAAACCGAUGCAGUCAAAGAUUGGAUAUCAAAGAUUCAAUUCGUGUUGAGUGGUUCACUUCAUGGCGGUGCCUUGGUCGCUUCAUACCCUUACGACAAUACACCAUCCUCUAGAAUUUGUAGGUCGUCAGUUUUAUGCAAAAUGUUUCAAAACUAUGCAUCGCAGCCGUCGUUAACACCAGACGAUGAUGUAUUCAAGCAUCUAUCGCUCACAUAUGCCAAUAACCACGCAAAAAUGUCGCGUGGCGUUGCAUGCAAAUCGGCUACACCUCAAUUUGAGCAAGGCAUCACAAACGGUGCUGCAUGGUAUCCACUCACAGGCGGUAUGCAGGAUUACAACUACGUCUGGCACGGUUGCAUGGAAGUAACAUUGGAGGUGUCAUGCUGUAAAUUCCCACCGGCACAUGAGCUGCGCAAGUAUUGGGACGACAAUCAGCUAUCGAUGAUCAAGUUCUUGGCCGAAGCUCAUCGCGGUGUGCAAGGUUUUGUUACCGAUGGAAACGGUUUACCAAUCGAACGUGCUUCGUUGAAGAUCAAGGGCCGUGAUGUUGGCUUCCAAACAACACGGUACGGUGAAUUCUGGAGAAUUCUUUUGCCUGGUAUUUACAAACUUGAAGUGUAUGCUGACGGUUUUGCACCGCGAGAAAUCGACUUUAUGGUCGUCGAACAACAUCCAACUCUAUUGAAUGUCACAUUGCAGGGAUCUAAGGAAAAUGGAAAACUAAAACCGCGAUUGGGUAUCAAAAAAGCAUAUCAAUUGGCUAAACUCAAUCCCGUCGAUACUAGAAUAUUUCGAAAUGACGGUCCAUACUAUCGACCAAUUCACGCAUCGCAAAACCAAAUGUACCGGCCACCACCGCAACAUUUAGCCAACGAUCAAUCGUUCAUGGGCAGCAUCCAGACUGGAUUUAGUACUCUUCUCAAUAAUUUGUUCGGCUAAGCUGAUUCCAUCAACAUCAUCAUCAAUAACAACAACAUUCCCGAUCAUACGGUUCACAUGCUGCUGUUUUCCAUUCCAGUGUUAGAAACCGCGAGCUCCACCGCCACAUCUCACAUUGUUCUGUUUUUAAGUGACAUUAAGUUUUUACUACGAAGACACAAUUCUUUGCUUUUUUUUUGUUUUAAAAUAGAUUUUUUUUUUGUACAUUGAAACUCACACACACACAAACUCACACUAUCUUUAUAAUAUUUAAUGUUGAAUAAGGCACAAGAAUGUUCGAUUAAUUUUUUUGUGAAAUUCUUUUGUUAUUGUUGUCAAUUUAAUCAAUUGUAUGCGUCUUCAUUAACAAUUCAUGGUCUGUUAUGACAACAUAUUUUAUUAUUAGCUGCUGAAAUGAGAGUUUAAACCUUCCGAAAAAAUCAACAAUAACAACCACAAGAGGAACAAAAGUUAUCAUUUUAGCCGAACGUGUGUUGAUUGAGCAUGCAGAACGAGUAGUAAAGAGUGAGGAAGACGGAAGAAGAGACAGACAACCAUACGAACCAAAGUAACAUUCUUCCGAAAAAAAAAUACGCUCACAUACACACAUCAACACAUAGAGAGUCAAGGAGGAAGCAUUAUUAACGAUUCAAAGUGUAUUUAGAGUAUAUUGUGUUUAGGCAAGCAUCUUUAAUCUAUUGAAGAAAAAAAGAAGAAAAAGUAGCAGCAGCAAAAAGCAUCCGCUCCAUUUCAUUCCAUUCCAUUCUGUAAAUCGCGUGCGCGCCCGUAAUUUAGAAGUAUUCCUUUUGUCAAAAGAAAAUCAAGAAAAAUCACAUUCGAUUGUUUUUUGUAUCACAUCAUCUUAGCUUAUUUAUUUUAGUUUAUCAUCAAAAAAAGAAUAGAAUAUAAAUGAAUAUGAUUUAAUCUUAAUAGUGCAAACGCUGCAAACAAAAAGAAAACGUAUGCGUAACGAAUGAAAAACACUUCAAGUGAAAUAAACGAUUCCAUGGAAAAUAAAAACUCCAA